UGAAAAUGUAAGUCUAUAAUCCACACUAAGCUUGUUAGUGCCCUCUCUCAAGUGUAUUUAACCAAUGUCAUACGCUGCAGCCUGGAGAGGCUAUGAAGUAUGCCUAAUAAGGCCAACUUUUCAGGGCCGUCUUCGGAUUUGGAUCAGCUUCACUUGAUGUUUAGGUCACUCUCUGGUACGGUGGUACGCCACUCGAAAACACAAUGGUGGGCCAAAGAAUCAGUUUGCUACGAUGCUGGACAAUUGAACGACUUACUUCACAGAAUCUAUAUCCGCAGCUGCAGCAUGUUUUAGGUGUGUCACGCAUUGCUUUGCUCUAUCUUUGUUUCAAAACUCCAGUGAAAACUAUCGCGAGACCUAAGUGAUCAAAAGGGCGGCCCCAUGGAUUCUGGUAGUAAGAGGUAAUCUCAGUUAGCAAUCGGAUUCGCAAUCAAUAAACUGUUUACUGUUACUGCCACUCGGAUCAACCGCUGUCCAAAGAUAUCUAUGUAGGAGGCACAGAAGUCUCAUUUUCGAUGGUCAUAGCUUUCAAUACCAGCCACAAAGCCAGCGGGUCAUCGCAGACACCAACCCAAUCCGCAAUCAAUAACCAUAUUCCAUUUCUUCCUGCUAGUUGGGCUCUUCUCCCUUGAGUUACAUAACUCAUGCAUCCGUGUAGGAGGCACGGAAAGCUUACUUUUGAUUGGUCAUGGCAUCCACCUGUCACAAGAACUGCAACAAAACAGAAAUCCAUCCUGGGCAGCAACCGAACUCGGAGUCAAAAAUAGUGCAUGGUUGCUGCUGAUUCCAUGAACUCUUCUCUCUCAAACCCCUAAGAGCCAAAUGUCCAUGUCGGAGGCACGCUCAAAUCCUCAUUGCCGGUCGUUCACAGCACUCCAGGCGACGACAAGCAGCUUCAGGACACAGACCUGAAUGAUGUCAGUUCCAGGGAUCAGAAAUACAUCUACAUGUGCCUUUGUCGCUAUUCUACAACCUAAAUGGUCAUCUCACUUCACACUGGACAGACCGAAAUCAAUUAUCAUGAGGAGGUAGCCAGUGGCUGCACUGUGCACAAGGCUUCACGCUGGCACAGAAAAACAACGUUCAGGUUGAUAAUUUCAAUGUCCGGAGCUACAUGUAUAGAUAUACCCGCCACACUAGUUUUUUCUUCCCGAGUUGCCCAAGAACACUAAAAAACACUUUCGGUCUGGGAUUCGGCAAACCCUGAAGACCAACGGUUUCGGAUAUGCACUCCAAAUGGAUUCGAGAGCCUUUCUUUGGUGUUGUGUGUGUUGAUGAUACGGAAUUGAAAUCAAAUCCAAAGAUUUUGAUUCUUGAAAGUGGGCAGGUCUUUAUUUCUCACAAUGGCUCUCGAACGAUCAUCCGAAAACAGUCCCUCGGGCGCUGCAUCGAAACUAGUUCUAUUUUGGGCUAGCUUUGAUCAUUAUCACAUGACUGCUGAUUAAGCGAUAAGCGAUAAGCGACAACCCCGCGCCAUCCGCUAGCCAACCACCAACCCUUGACUUCUGCCAACUUUCCUACCCAGAGAAGGAGCUAAAAAUUUUGGUGUCAGCUUCACUCAUCAUUCCUCAUCACCAGAUUUCUGGAUUGCAACUCUGUUUGCUGAUUCACCGUUGUUUCGGUGACCGCUUUUGCCAAUGGCACAUUUCUCCUCCCUGUUAUCCACGAAGCCCGAGGCACUUGAUAUCUUUUUCUUUUCACCCCCUAAUUCCACCAUGCGCAGGAAUGCGCUGAUGGUUUAAAUAUUACACACACUUUGGGAUUCUUUCUCCUUUCCGUUCUCCCAUUAUUUGGGUUAAUGUCUUUACUUUACUGUGCGCAUGGCUCCCAGACUUCGCCCGCUUCGCUCAGAACCCCGAGAACCCUCAGCGCGUCCACUUCGCUCAACUAGGAAGCGAGUUAGGACGUACCGGGAGGAUAGCUGCGAUAAUGAUUUGUCUUUCCUUGAUGAUACGGAUAGUUAUGGUUCUGAUCGAUUCUGCUCCUCCACUCGUCGCCGUCCGUUGACCUACCGUGAAGAUUUAGCCGCUGAGCAUCUUUCUGAGCAACUAGCUGAUGCUGGGGCCGAAAGCGGAUCCACUCCGCCAUUACUACCGGGAAAAGUGACACGAUCGUCAUCCGCUCGUGCUAAACGCUCACUGUUUUCCAAAAACUCUCAGCAAUUCCCUAAAACCCCAUCGCCCAAGAAGCAGAGGCAACAGACAGAUUCUGAUGCAACGCGUCUAACCCCGAUUGGGCCAAUUCCGCCAUGGCAAAAACUCCCUUAUCAUAUCCUCCUUAAUAUUUUCAAUCAUGCCUUCUCUCCAUCAACGUCUCCUGCCUUAUCAGAUCUCACCAAAUCAGUUCGUUGGCUCCUAAGUACGUCGCGCCUGUGUCGAGAGUUUUUUGAGCCCGCCAUCACAACGCUCUACUACUCGCCGCCCCUUUUUCCUCCAUCCAGGUUGUCAGGCCUGGUCCAUUUAUUAGAACGGCCACAAGAGACCCUUUAUACAAACUAUAGAAACAAAAUCAAGCGACUCGACAUCCUGUUUCGCCACUAUCACGUCCGCCAUCUUGACCUCGGGCAGUUGAUCGCUCUCACACCUCAACUCCAGCACCUACGGCUCCACGAUGCAACACAACUUGCGAUGCCCCCUCCCAUGAAUGUGAAGCAGCGCUUAAAUACCUGGGAAAAGUUUCUAGAUGCCCUAGAUGCGAACAAUAUCCGCCUCCGCAGUUGGGCUUGGAAUGGAGAAUUUCUGCUGUCAUCACCGCGUUUUCAGCCGCAGAAGAUUGCGGCGGUCCACCGUCGCCCAGCAUUUACAAACUUGCGGAGUUUACACCUCCUCAAUCUACCUCCCAGCUCCUCGAUAAAUGACAAUGCUAAUGGCAAUAACUCAGAUGAGGACCAAGCAAAGUCGGGAGAACUUUUCGCAUCUGCUCUAUCAUUACUCCCGGGAUUGCAAGAGCUAGAAUUCAAUCGAUGUUACAGUGUCGAUGAUAACCUUUUAUCAUAUCUCGACCUAAACCUCAGAUCGCUAAAGCUGGUCAACUGUGAAAAUGUUACGUCUGCAAACCUUGGCACCUUUCUUGCCCGUCGCGGCCAGAGCCUCCGUGACCUGGUACUUGAACAUAACCGGUAUCUCAACAUGUCCUUCACAGCUGACCUAGCCAUGUCAUGUCCGCAUCUGGAAGCAUUCACGCUGGACUUAAAUUUUACCUCACCGGUCUCAUUUACUCAUGAUGUCGAUCCAUACUUUGACGAGCUCCUUCACGACUCUGAAGUCCCUUCGUGGCCAGCCUCGUUGCAAAUCCUGAAACUAGAGCGUUUGCGAAAAUGGGAAAUAUCCACGGCCAUGUUAUUCUUCGACUCUUUGAUCCAUUCGGCACCAUAUUUGCCAAAUUUGAGAGUCCUUCAAUUGUCAGCAAUCCUUGAAAUCGGAUGGCGUGAUCGGGCGUCUUUCCGCAGGGAAUGGGUCGGCAAAUUAGAGAGGACAUAUCGCAGGUGCUCGCUACCUCCCAAUCAGCGUUCUAGAUCGACUCCCGAAGGCCAGACUGCUGAGGGACAUACCAACCGCGCCCGUUCUAGGUCGUUUUCAAGCACCAACAAAGACUUACCAGCUCGCACCGGACCAAGGCAUAGUACACGGAUUGCCCAGCAACGAUCUGUUGAAACCUGCGACACUGAGCGGCGGAUAAUCGCCAAGAAAAUUUAUCCUCAAGCCGAUUCCGCUGGGAAGGAGGAAUUCAUCCACGGCAUGUGUGACGUGGUAGAGAUACGCGUGGACAAUUUACGGCCAGCCGAUAAUCUUCUGACGAACGAUAACUUUGAGGACGACGAUACGGGUGACGAGGACUGGAGCGGACGGGAUCCUGUGGAGGUGGAUCGCUAUGCAUGGUAAACCUUGGUUGGCCAAGCGGCCACUUAUAUCCUGUCCUUGGAGGUAUAGUUUGCUCUUUUCUUUCUCCUUUUCCUGCUUUAUUCUUUUCAUUCAUUGAUUUUCUCCUUUCUGUAUCAAUAUGCGAUCACAUGGUUGGGACAAUAGUCAUGGCAGAUAUACAGGACAGGCGCAAUAUUUCCUUUUUCAGGAAGGCACUCUAUGAGUUGAUUCUUUUGUUCUCCGGGUACCAAUGGAAGGACCCUGGUGUUGGGUUGGUUUGGGAUGGGAUACUACACAAGAAACCGACGGACUGGUCUGUCUAUGGAAAACAGGGCGCCUGAAGUCAUCUAAUGUCGCGGAUGUAUUUUUUCGCCCUCUUUUAGUUCCUUUUUUUCACGUCAAUUCCCCUGGUUUUCGCAAUAAAUAUGAUACAAAUCCAUGCUCUAAAUCAAAGCAUUACACACCACGGGGCACUGGUUCCGAGGGUGUUUCAGAAUGUGAAGCCGUAUUCAAACAUGGAAUGUGAAUAUAGACAAGCCUCCCGGCGAGCCCCCGUUCGCGGUCGAACAUGGAGCUGAUAGGGGUUAGAGUUUCGGGAGGUAUAUAUAUAUAUAUUUAGUAUAUAGAGUGGAAAUCAAUUAAUUUUCAGCGCAACUUUCAUACUCC